AGUUUCUACACCCCAUUUACAAAAUGUCCAGCAAUAAGAGUUUAUCAUCAGUGGAUGAGACUAAUCCUAAGGAUACAGACGAAAUAGAGGCUGUUAGUAGUACUGCUAAUGAACAGGUUGACGAUGUGGUAAUAGUGUGGUAUGAAUUAAUCGAGGCGUGGUAGGGUUAUGACUAGGAACAAGCUGAAAUUAAGGAUCUGUUGGAGAAGAUGAGCAUAGCGGCUGCACCCCCCACAACUACUCAUAAAUUUUGGAACACUCAACCAGUGCCGCAGCUAGAUGCAGAUCCUGUCCCACAGGACGCUCGAGGUCCUAUUGACGAAGCUAAGAAGGUUUCUGAUAUUCCUAAGGAACCCUAUAACCUUCCGGCUGCUUUCGAAUGGUCCAACAUUGAUGUCAACGAUCCGGAACAGAUUCAGGAGGUUUACACUCUUCUCAAUGAGAACUAUGUUGAGGACGACGAAGCUAUGUUCAGAUUUGACUACAGCCCGGAGUUCCUCCGAUGGGCGCUCACGCCUCCCCACUACGUUCCAGAAUGGCACUUUGGGGUGAGGGUGAAGUCAAACGGAAAGUUGGUUGGUUUUAUUACGGGCAUUCCAGCAACGAUGGAUGUUCGAGGCGACGAGCUGCGGACCGUGGAGAUUAACUUCUUGUGUGUUCAUAAGAAGCUUAGGUCCAAGCGCCUGGCACCAGUGCUGAUCAAGGAGGUCACAAGAAGGGUCAACUUGACUGAUCGAUGGCAGGCUGUGUACACGUCAGGGGCAAUCCUACCCAGGCCCGUAACCACUGCACGAUAUCAUCAUAGGUCAUUGAACCCUAAGAAGCUCUGUGAAGUAGGCUUCACUCGUCUUGCUCCUAGAAUGACCAUGGCUAGAUGUAUCAAGUUGUAUAAGGUCGCUGACCAACCGAGUACCUCUGGUCUGAGACCGAUGGAAAUGAAGGACAGAAAGCAAGUUACUAAGUUACUCAAUGAAUACUUGUCGAAAUUUAAAGUUCAUCCUGUCCUAUCACAACAUGAAGUUGGCCAUUGGCUGUUGCCCAGGGAGAAUGUCAUAUACACAUAUGUUCGCGAGGAGAACGGUAAGGUUACCGACUUCUUGUCGUUUUAUUCUCUGCCGAGUUCUGUGCUUGGUAACGAUAAGCACAAGACUCUCUAUGCUGCUUAUUCGUACUACAAUGUGGCCAAUACUGUCAGCUUGAAACAGCUCAUGAGUGAUGCCCUAGUUUUGGCUAAACAUGCGGGGUACGAUGUAUUCAAUGCAUUGAACCUGAUGGACAACAAGGAGUUCCUAGAGGACUUGAAGUUUGGCCGUGGCGAUGGUGAUCUUCAAUACUACUUGUACAACUGGAAGUGUCCCUUCAUGGAGCCUCAGGACAUGGGCCUGGUCCUACUGUAAGCAGCGAUGCUUGUCACUGGUAUAGUUUUGUGUUCCAAUUGAUGAACCUUACCUG